AUGUUCUGCAACAUAGUCCUGUUCUGCAUCAUCCUGCUCUGUCCCACCUGCCACUCACUCUGCCAGGGCUGCUUUACCGUCUCCACAGACCACACACCGGGGGCUGGACUGGGGCUGGACCUGGGGCUGCACCUGGGGCUGGACUGGGGCUGGACCUGGGCCUGGACCGGGGCUGAACUGGGGCUAGACCUGGGUCUGGACCGGGGGCUGGACCUUGGGCUGGACCGGGGGCUGGACCUGAGUCUGGACCGGGGGUUGGACCUGGGUCUGGACUGGGGCUGA